UUCAUGGAUUCCACCAUGGAUCGCACCAGACACAUGCUGAAUUACCUACUGCCAAUCAUCAAGAAAGCUAAUGUGGAGCUCUACGACUUCAUGGAAAGGUCUGAAGUGGGCACUGUCUUUGCCCUAGCGUGGCUCAUCACCUGGUACGGCCACGUACUGAAUGACUUCCGUAGUGUGGUGCGACUCUAUGAUUUCUUCCUUGCCUGCCACCCACUCAUGCCUGUUUACUUAGCAGCUGCAAUCGUACUAUAUCGUCAGGAGGAGGUGCUGGCCUGUGAGUGCGACAUGGCUUUCGUCCACAGCCUCCUGUCCAAGAUCCCCGGUAACCUGCCCAUGGAGUACCUGGUCAGCCAGGCAGGGGACCUGUUUGUGCAAUAUCCGCCGGCCGAGAUGGCCAAAGAAGCCAGGCUACAAUACAAACUAAGCACCAGUAUGUCCAAGCACCCCGACUUUGAACUGGAGACCCUGUACCAGCGACCAGACAAGGUACUGCAGCACAUGUCCUCUAGAAUCAACGGGGCAGCAGGCACACCAACGACGGCAGACUCGCAGACGGGUAGCCGCAGCAGCGGCGUCAUCAAACUGGCUGUCUGGGCGAUCUCGGCAGGGAUCGGUGCGGCCGCGCUUGCCGUGCUGAACACUGCGGGAGAGUACUGGUGACGUCUGCGCUUGUAGGAACACCCUACAAACCCUAACACUUCAGGACCCUUCAAAUCCAUCAAAGUCUAAGAAGGUUAUUUGUGGAGGAUUGUGAGGGCAGUGCAGCUCAGAGUUUAAGUACAAAUACUAAGUCGUUGUUGCUUUCCAUUAUAGUGGUGGAUUCGGGAAAGUGCGUUAAGCUUUCUGACAAAAGGUCUGCGGAAGUUGGGCAUUUGACGGGCAUUUUGGCAGGCAUGUGUACACAAACUUCAGCCAGUGUGCAAGAUGGUAAACAACUCACUCCCUUAGCAUGUGAGUGCUAUUAACAACUAAGUCCAUCUGAAAACUGAUUCAAAAGAAACCUUCUUGUUCUAAAAAAAAUUUAAUAGCUAAGAAUAUAGAAAUUGAGACAGUCUGCUGGAGAUUUUGGAGGAUGAAGCUUUGCGGAUGAAUCUGGACUGGAUUGAAGUUAUGGGACACAUGCGAAGAGCAAACCAAUUGAGCAAAAUGUAAGUCAUGUGACAGGGUCAUUAUUCAGUGAGGUUUACGUUGACUAAAAACAGGUGUGCCAAACCGUGUAUGGACAGCUGUGCGUUGUACAUACAUGUAGCAAGGGCGCCCUCUUUUGGCUAAAAAAUACAUCAUAUACGAGGCAUGAAACAAUUACAGAUUCUGUAUUAAUAUACGUAGUAGUGAUGCAAAUUACAUAUAUGUGACUCAAAAUUGUCUUAAAGAUAAUGGGAACUGGUCAUUUUUCACAUCGGGGUCAAACAAGGAAAAAUUGCUAAAAAUAAAUCAUUCAACUUUUGCCGUUAAAAUCGCUGAUUUCGGGCGCAAUGUAAAACGUGACUUGCCAACUUUUGAAUUGAAAAUCGAAGCUCCUAGAAUAUUGGUUUCUCGGAAUAUACAGCAUUCACCGAGCUUACAGUUCAUCAGGUUAGUUGUUCAGCACCCUUCUUUAGAUUUUGAGCACUUUUGUUGCUUUAAACGAAAGAAAUGCACAACUGACAAAUGAUAUACUCUACCUUUAAAAAACUUAUUGGAUUUUGCACAUCAAACUGAGUAUAAUAAUGUGUAAAUGUAAAAGUAAGCUGCAUACGACCAGUGUGAGUAAGCUGCUCUGGUGACUUCUUUCCAACUUGAGUACAGGGUGAGUAAAAAAAAAA